AUUCAAGUUAGUAUCUUGAAUUUUCAAGCUAGUAUGUUGAAUAUUCAAGUUAGUAUGUUGAAUUUUCAAGUUAGUAUGUUGAAUUUUCAAGUAAGUAUGUUGAAUUUUCAAGUUAGUAUGUUGAAUUUUCAAGUUAGUAUGUUGAAUUUUCAAGUUAGUAUGUUGAAUUUUCAAGUUAGUAUGUUGAAUAUUCAAGUUAGUAUGUUGAAUUUUCAAGUUAGUAUGUUGAAUUUUCAAGUAAGUAUGUUGAAUUUUCAAGUUAGUAUGUUGAAUUUUUAUGUUGAAUUUUGUAAAUUGAAUUUUCAAGUUAGUAUGUUGAAUUUUCAAGUUAGUAUGUUGAAUUUUCAAGCUAGUAUGUUGAAUUUUCAAGUUAGUAUCUUGAAUUUUCAAGUUAGUAUCUUGAAUUUAGUAACUUGA